AUCAUUCACUAAAAAUGAAGCUAAUAAUCAUUACCAUUCUUGCCUUAGCUGUUUUGGUUUCUUCCAAUCCAGUUAAGAACGAACUCUUCCUAAAAUUCGUGGAAAAAGAGGAAUGGCAUCCCUCUCAAACCUAUUUCAUGGUGGAAAAAUCUCCUGGUGUAUACGAAAAAGAAGACUUGCUUUACUCAAAAAUUCAACUCACGGCGUCUGAAGACGAUGCCACCAUCUUUUUCUAUUCCAGAAAUAACCCUGAAGACCCAAUUGAGUUGAGUAUAUACGAUGCCAGCAGUCUUGUGAGUGAUGUUCAUUAUAACAACACCAAACCACACGUCUUUAUAUCGCAUGGUUGGAAUAAUAACUACCAGAGUAACGUAAACGUUCUCAUAAAGGCGAGUCUUCUGGAGAAGUAUGAUGUCAAUGUGUUUGUGGUGGAUUGGAGUGGUCCAGCUAAUAAAAACUACAUCACAGCUAGAAAUGCGGUCACUGCUAUUGGUGAAGGUGUGGGUGAUUUCAUCAAUUCUUUGAGAGAAGCAACUACGGUCAAUCUAUCUGACAUCACCCUUAUUGGGCAUAGUUUGGGUGCUCAUGUGGUUGGUGGUGCUGGGGCUAGAGUCAACGGUCUUGUUGGUACCAUUAUUGGUUUGGAUCCAGCUUACCCUCUAGUCAUUUACGACCAUUUGGACGCACGUCUUGAUACCACAGAUGGUGAGUUUGUUCAAGUGAUCCACACAUGCGCCGGGUUCCUUGGUAUGAAGAAGGUUGUUGGUCAUGUUGAUUACUUUCCAAAUGGUGGUUCUGCACAACCUGGAUGUUUUCUGGAUUUAGCUGGGUCUUGUUCACAUGGUAGAUCCUUUGAGUUUUACGCGGAAUCUAUCCUAGAUAAUAAGUUUGUUUCUGUCGAAUGCAAAGAUGAGUUUUACUUUAAAGUUAAUAAAUGCAACAAUAAUUUGAGAAGCCUAAUGGGGGGUUACAUGGACCAGAUCGACAAAGAGGCCAAUGGUACGUUCUACUUGAACACUAAUGACGAAGAACCAUGGGGCUUAGGCGAUAUAUAUUCAUCAUUAUAAAAACUUUAAUUAUUUUUUAAACCAUGUAUAGUUAGAUAUAUGUGCAU